CUCACAACAAACCAACCACUAACAGCACUCAAUCUCACACUUUGAAGCUCACUUGCAAGCUCACAUCUAGCCAGUCUACGGUAGCUACUAGGAAGCAGGAGCUUAUCAAACAUCAAGCAUGACACGAGGACAGCUAACAAGGAAAAAAUGGAUUGGUACACUGCCGACGCUGUUGGUCGGCGUGAUGUUGGGCUACACUGUGUUCAGUGCGCGUUUCAUGCCGCACAUUAGUGACCCAGCAGGUCAAUCUUCUCGGAUGACAGCUUGGGAAGGCGGACCACUUUCGAGACCUUCGUACUCCCAUACCCUCAAAGCAUCUCAGGAGCGAAGUAAGAAGUCACCAAGUGGCUCAUUUCUGAGCAAGACAUCUGGGCCUGGUUGGAAGAUGUGGGAUAGGUCGUCCGUUCUCUUUGCCAACAUGAAUUUGACGUGCAACUGGAAUGACUACCGCCCGUUUAUUCGAGGGGAAGUGGCACCAGCAGUCCCAUUUUGUGCCCAUCCUCUCAGCGACGAUCAUUUUGUCAGCAACAGCAUUGUAAAGAAAGGCCGUCAUGUGGAAUGCGAUGGACUUCCCACCUUGUUGGCCCGUGGUCAAGGCAAUGACGCAUCCAACAAAGAUUCCCCCAUUAUUUAUGUGGAUGUUGGAGCAAACAUUGGUACUUGCGUCAUGCAGAUGCUCUUGACAACCAAUGCAACUAUCUUGGCUUUUGAACCACAUCCCUACAAUCUGUUUGUCAUGACUUCUACCUUCAUGAGACUAGACGAAACGCUCCGUGACCGAAUUCAUCUCUUCCCAAUCGCGUUAGGAGCAGAGUCAGCUGAAUCAACAAUUCACAUGGCAAGUGACAACCGAGGGCAUGCAGUUGUUUCCAAGGUUAUCAAGAUCAAUAAUAGGGCAACAUUUUUGCCCCCAAUGCCCAUCCGCGUGGAGCCCCUAGACUCAAUCGUCCACGACGGAACUCGUGUACAUUUGAUGAAAAUGGAUGCACAGGGCUUCGAAUGCUAUAUCUUUGACGGGAUGAAACGGGUGUUACGAACAUCACGUGUUGUCUUCUUUGAGCUUGAGAAAAAAGUACUCAAUGGAUUUGAAAGAUGUUCCCCACAGGUUCUAUGGGACAAGUUCAUGCAAUUAGGAUUUCAAAUGCACGUGGGCGGUCCAAACCGGAAGGCUACAACAGAAAUGCCUGAGAAGGGCAAAAUCAAUAUCGUGGCCUUGAAGUUGUGAGCGAACGGAAUUGACUGAUUGGAUGAGAAUCGAACUGAUCAAAUGCGUGGAAUGCGCUUUGCGGUAUCGGAAAAUGGACUAAGAAGUGGCGCAAAAGAAUGAAUCCACAGCUCCUCAAAUGGCCGUGUCUCUAUUAGUUAGACCUACCGGUACGGUAGCAUCAGUGGCGACACUUUUUGCAAAUAAAUGUACUGGCUAGCUAGUUUCUGGUGAUAUCUUCAGCUCCAAAC